AUGGACUCAUCAGUGCAAGCAGCGGAGAAGAUAUUGAACUACAGUUUCGUGAACAAGACUCUUCUCAAGGAUGCCUUAACUCAAACAUCUCCUUUAUUCGAUCGGCUUGAGUUACUCGGCGACUCUGUUCUUGAGGUCACCUUCACUAAUUACAUUCACAACACUUACCCUAACCUCAAACUCAAGGAGUUUCGUGAGUUGCGAACUGCCAAUGUCAGUAACGAGAAGUUCGCUCGUGUCGCCGUCAAUCACAACCUCUACCAAUUCCUUUUACGCCACAACCCUUCUCUUUUCACAAAGAUUAAAGAGUUCUCAGAGGCUGUGAGCAAAGAAGCUGAUCCUGUUCCGUAUGGUGGAUUGGUGAAAGCUCCAAAAGUUCUUGCUGACAUUGUAGAGUCAAUAGCUGGAGCUGUUUAUAUUGAUGUCAAUUUUGAUGAACUAAGACUUUGGGAGAUCUUCAGGGGUCUUUUUGAGCCAAUUUAUACACCGGAUGAUUUACGGCAGCAACCUAAGCCACCGUUCCUUACGCUUUUUCGUUUGGCUGAUAAACACGGCAAGCGAAUCGACUUCAGGUAUUCGAAAGAUGAAGAAAGCAGCAACAAAAAUGUUGCUGAGGUAUAUCUUGAUGGUAUAUUUAUAGCUUCCGGGUGUGCUAAACGUCUAGAUACCGCGAAGCAGCUUGCUGCUGAUGGAGCGUUGCUGAAGUUGUCAGAAUGUAUGCCCAUUGAAAAGAUUAUUGGUGAGAAUAGUCCAAAUAAUGCAAAAGGGAAGUCGUUUGAGAUUUUCUCCACUGAAAAGCUCGAAUCACAGACUGAAUUAUCUUCUGCAGCUACUACUGCCUCUGAGAAGCCUUUAGCUGAUGAAAUGAGACAAGAAGAAAUGGUUAUUGAUGAGGAUAGUCCACAUGUUGAACAUGAUGAUGCGAAAGGGAAGUUGUUUGAGGUUUGUUAUAGUAGAAAGCUCCAGAUACAGACUGGAUCAUCUUCGUUGCCCACUGCCUCUGAGAACAUGUUAACCUAUGAAAUGACAACAAAACAAAUGGUUGUUGAUAAGGAUAGUCUAAAUGUUGAACCGGAAGACGUGAAAGGGAAGUUGUUGGCGAUUUGCAGCAAGAAUAAAUGGCCGAAGCCGAUUUAUAGUGUUGAGGAACAAAAAGGGCCAAAAAAUGAGCCGAGAUUUGUUUGUUCAGUGAAGAUUGAGAUCCCAACUGUAGAAGGUGCUUUUCACAUGAAGGGAGAUUUGAAAUCAAAGAAAAAGCAAGCAGAGAACUCCUCAGCUCACCACAUGAUAAGAGCCUUGGAUUCUUCUCUAAUGACUCUUGUCAUAAGUAAUCUGCAAAUGCCGAAAAGUUUAGAUACGAAGAAUCCAUCUCUCGUUAGCUCAGAUAUGGAUUCUGAUUCAGCUGAAGCAUUGGAGAAGAUCUUGAAUUACAGUUUCGUGAAUAAGAAUCUUCUAAAAGAUGUGCUAACACACAAUGGUUCACCUUUCCAGCGACUUAUCUCAGUCGGUGAGCCAGCUCUUUCUCUUGCCUUUAUGAAACACUUGUACCUCACAUACCCUAAGCUGGGACCGAAGGAUUUGUCUAUGUUGCGAGAUGCAAAUACAUGUAACGACAGAUGCGCUCGUGUCGCUGUCAAAAAAGGCAUCAGCGAAUUAUGUUUACGCAAUGUUCAAAAGCCAGAAAAAAUGAUUACAGAGUUCAUAGAGUUGAUUGGCAAAGAAGAUGAUUCUGAUACAGAUCCAUACAGAUCUGUGAAAGCCCCAAAAACUCUUGCUAAUCUUGUAGAUGCUGUAGCUGGAGCUGUUUAUAUUGAUGUGAAUUAUAAUGUACAACGACUCUGGGAGGUCUUCAGGGGUCUGUUCGAGCCAAUAUAUACACUGGAUGAUUUACGGCUGCAACCUAGCCCACAAUAUGCUACACUUUUUCGUUUGGCUCAUAAACACGGCAAGCAAAUCGACUUUAGGUACUCGAAAGAUGUCGACAUCAGAAAAAAUAUCACAGAGGUAUAUCUUGAUGAUAUAUUUAUAGCUUCUGGGUGUGCUAAACAUAUAGAAACGUCAAAGCUGCUUGCUGCGGAGAAAGCGGUGCAGAAGCUGUCAGAAUGUAUGCCCAUUAAAAAGAUUUCUGAUGACGUUAGUCCACUAGUGGAACCAGAAGAUGUGAAAAGGAAGUCGUUUGAUAUUUGCUCUACUGAAAAGUUCCAACUACAGACUGAAUCAUCUUCUAUCCCCACAGCCUCUGUGAAGCCUUCAACAGAUGGAAUGACUCAAGAACAAAUGGUUAUUAACGAGGAUUGUUCUCAUGUUGAACCUGAAGAUGUGAAAGGGAAGUUGUUUGAUAUUUGCUCCACUGAAAAGCUUCAAUUACAGACUGAAUCAUCAUUGUUGCCCAUUGCCUUUGAUAACCAUUUAACCGAUGAACUGACACAAGAACAAAUGGUUAUUGAUGAGAAUAGUAUACAUGUUGAACCUGAAGAUGUGAAAGAGAAGUUGUUUGAUAUUUGCUCUACUAAAAGGCUUCAGACACAGACUGGAUCAUCUUCGUUGUCCACUGCUGCUGAGAACCCGUCAACCUAUGCAAUGACAACAAAACAAAUGGUUAUUGAUCAGGAUAGGGAAGUUGAACCCGAAGAUGAACCCGAAGAUGUGAAAGGGAAGUUGUUUGAGAUAUGCGCAAAAAAUAAGUGGUCGAACCCUGUUUUCAGUGUUGAGGAACAAAAAGGGCCAAAAAAUGAGCCGAGAUUUGUUUGUUCAGUUAAGAUUGAGAUCCCAACUAUAGAAGGUACGUUUCACAUGAAGGGAGAUGCAAAACCAAAGAAAAAGCAAGCAGAAAAUUCCUCAGCAGAUCACAUGAUAAGAGCCUUGAAAUCUUCUAUAAUGAGUCUUGUCAUAAGUAAUCUGCAAAUGCCGAAAAGUUUAGAUGAGAAGAAGAAGAAUCUGCAAAUGCAUGAAAGUUUAGAUGAUAACAAGAAUCUUCAUUCAAAGAAGAGGAGAACUGUUUAAGUAGUUUUUUGGUACUAUUUCUCUUUAUUUACAGUUUACAAAUGCUACAUUGCAUCUAUUUAUAGUGCAAUGAGAGAAAGUCUCUACUUAGGAACCGGUCCUGCUUGUGUGACUUAAUGUACUCUCUUUCAGCUUAGAGAUGGAUUCCUGUAACUCUAUUCACAAUGAUUAUAGAAUAGUUAGAUUUUUAGAGUGCUGAUAAGUUUCAUAUAUAUGAUAGCCAAAUAGUAUAUUUUCUUUCUAUUCGAAGUUUAUUACGUUGACCGAAGGAGAUUCAUUAUAAAUUCACAGUGGUUUGGUUA